AUGCCUCGUUCCCGAUGUACCAAGCACUGUCACCCUGGGGAUGUAAAGGUGGCUCGAGAAGGAGAACCGCAUUGCUGCUAUGAUUGUGCUCCAUGCAUGGAAGGGACAAUCUCCACCGAGGAAGAUGCAGACCAGUGUGCCAAAUGUCCAGAAGAUCAGCAUCCGAACAAGGACCGAGAUCAAUGUAUCCCCAAGAUUAUCACCUUCCUGUCGCAUGAUGAAUAUUUGGGGAUCCUCCUAGUUUCCUUUGCCCUAUUUUUAUCCUUAACCACAGGCUUUGUGUUAAAAACCUUCAUUAAAUACAAGGAUACCCCCAUAGUCAAAGCCAACAACCGGGACCUCUCCUACAUCCUCCUUGUCUCCCUUCUGCUUUCUUUUUUGUCCUCCUUCCUCUUCAUUGGACAGCCAAGGAAAGUGACCUGCCUUCUCCGACAAAUGGCCUUCAGCAUGAUCCUCUCAGUUGCUGUCUCUUCUGUGUUGGCAAAAACCAUCACUGUGGUGCUGGCCUUCCUGGCCACAAAGCCAGGGAACAGGGUGAGGAGAUGGCUGGGAAAGAGUUUGGCCAACUCCAUUGUCAUUUCAUGCUCCAGUAUUCAAGUUGUUAUAUGCACCAUCUGGCUGGGGAUCUCUCCUCCAUUCCCAGAGUACAACAUGCACUCCCAGCCUGAAUAUAUUAUCUUGCAAUGCAAUGAAGGGUCUGUUGCCAUGUUUUAUGUUGCUCUUGGCUACAUGGGCUUCCUGGCUUCCAUCUGCUUCAUGGUGGCUUUCCUAGCCAGGAACCUGCCUGGAGCCUUCAAUGAAGCCAAGCUGAUCACCUUCAGCAUGCUGGUUAACCUUGUUGUAAUAACCACCCAUCUACCCAGUGAUCUCUCUACUGGGGAGUAA